AUGGGCGAUGUUCCUCCGAUACUACCUGAUGGAAGACUUCCUGGGUUCAAUGCCCCGGGUUUCGAAGAAGAAGCCUUCUUAUCGCCCGGAACAUUCUCCAGUGCGGACGAGUACGCCGCUAACCCCCGUUUCCUCGAACUACAAGAGGAACUGCGCUGUGUGCUGUUCAGCGCAGCCGCCAAUCUUGACCCUAACAGCUACACAUCUCCGCCAUCCGAACCAUUAGAAGGCGCGACAGAGGCUACGAGGAUAGCCCGUCAAAAUCUAGACUUCACACGCGUGUCCAUCCCUAAAAUCCGCCUGAUCCACUACCUCAAAAACUGGAUCACGGAGUGCGCGCCGUACCUCGACAAAUUUGACGAGUCGCGUAAUUUUGGUGUUCACAUCCCUAUUCUGGCACAGCGGUCGCCGGCGCUCUUCUAUGCUAUCCUUGCUUUUUCCGCCCGUCAGACAGAGCGGAAAGCAUGUCUUGAUAAGGCGUAUGAUAGUUUAGAACUCUACCAGGAAUCUAUCCGUCUCCUCGCACCAUGUCUUCAAGCCAAGGACCCUAAUGUCUUGGCUACUGUGUGUAUUCUCGCUGUCAUGGAACUGAUGUCUGUCAGCCCGCGCGACUGGCGCCGCCAUGUCGAAGGCUGUGCUGCACUUUUUGAUUCGUUCAAUGUGAACGGACUAUCAGGCGGACAUCUGCAAGCUGUAUUCUGGUGCUACGCACGUAUGGAGUUAUGUGGAGCGAUUAUUUCCAACGGUGCCGAAAGUACAGUUCUACCACUGGAAAAAUGGGUGCCUGCCAUGCCUGAAACGGCGACACCAACGGAGCGAGAUAAUAUGAUCCGAGAUUUGUUCUGCCAAAAGGGUGUGGUGUCUCCGGAUAUGCAUGCGAACUGGGCUGUCUACCUGUGCGCGAAGACAUGUGACCUUUCCUGCCGACAAACGAGAUACAUCGAGCUAGGUGAAAUGGUCGACGAUCCACGUCCUUUCACUGAACGAUGGAAAUGUCUAUGGAACGAACUGCAAUACUGGCUGGAAAAACGUCCUCCGGCUAUGUUACCCGUUAAGACAACGGGGAUAGGAGGCGGGCAGAUCUUUCCGGAGAUCCUGUUCGCGCACUGGGCUGCUAUUUCGGGGAAUCAGCUAUAUCACGCGGCGUGCAUUAUAAUGCUGGAUAUGAAGCCACCGGAACACAUCUCCCCGUCGAAACCAUAUUACUCGCCCAUCUGGCAUGCGCGCAGAGCUUGCGGCAUAUCGCUUACGAAUCCCCAUAGUGGCAAUUUGAUCAAUGCUAUCCAGCCGCUGUAUAUUGCGGGCAAGCUUCUCAGUCAUCACAGCGAACAUGUUGAGGUGGCAAGGCUUUUCAAAAUUGUUGAGGAGACGACUGGUUGGGGUGCACUUUGGCGACUGAAGGAUUUGGAACGGGCUUGGGGGUAUGAGCCCGGUGAGAUAUUAUCGGCGAUUUGA